UUAGUCUCGCUCGAGCCACCGUGCGGGUAGGUCGUGUACUUCUCUGGCUUGUUUCCCGCGAAAAUUUACGUAUUUCAAAUCCGAUUUGCAAAUAAUAUCGGGUUUGUCGUAUAUUGCUUGUGAGUUUUAUGUUGUUGGAGUGUUGAGCCUGUUUGUGUUUCGUGAACGAUUUUGUUUAUUAUUUUUUGAGGAUUUUGGUUGCAAUACCGGCUUUUUAAACGUAACAGUGCAACUAAUGCCUUCAUUCUCAUCGUGGCGCAUGAAACGGUGAGCGCGCUGGCGUGGUACGGCGGCGGCAUGCAGGCCGGCGGGUGGUUCCUGCCAUGGAGCAUGGGCAUGGGCAUGAAGCAGUAUGCCGUGGCGCUGCCGAUGGGCGGCGUGGUGCCGCUCGUGCCGCCACUGCUGGCCGCGAUGCCGCCGCAGCCGCCGCAGAUGCGGCUCAUCGCCCCGCCGCCGCUGCCGCUUCAACAGCCCUGCAGAAAGGGAGAAAAGGACAGCGGCAAAAACUGCAUACUGUCGUGCGAAAAGAGGAAGGCGGAUGACACAGACAUUAACAAAGACUUGAAAAAGGCAAAGCUAGAGACCAAGGCGCUAAAGGCGAAGAGGCCGGGAUUCACGGACGACCGUUACAACGAGACUUCUUAUUACAUCGAAAAUGGCCUCAGAAAAGUAUACCCCUACUACUUCACAUUCACCACAUUCACAAAAGGCCGGUGGGUUGGCGAGAAAAUUCUGGACGUGUUCGCGCGCGAAUUCCGCGCGCACCCCGCGGCGGAGUAUGAACGGUGCAUCCGAGCAGGGACGUUGACGGUCAACUAUGAGAGGGUGGAUCCCGAUUAUAGGCUGAAGCAUAAUGAUCUGCUCGCUAAUGUUGUGCAUAGGCACGAAGUACCGGUGACCAGCCAACCGAUCACCCUCGUACAUAUCGACGAGGAUAUCGUGGUCGUCAACAAACCGGCCUCUAUCCCCGUGCAUCCGUGCGGGCGAUACCGACACAAUACGGUCGUAUUCAUUCUGGCCAAGGAAUAUAACUUGAAGAAUCUGAGGACCAUACAUAGACUGGACAGGCUAACAUCAGGAUUGCUCUUAUUCGGCCGGAGUCCGAAGAAGGCGAGACAAAUGGAGCAUCAGAUAAGGAACAGACAGGUGCAAAAGGAGUACGUCUGCCGAGUCGACGGCGAGUUCCCUGAGGAGGAGAUAGAAUGUCUAGAGGCGAUAGAAGUAGUGAGCUACAAGAUUGGCGUCUGCAAGGUUUCGGCAAAGGGCAAGGACUGUUCAACGGUGUUCAAGCGGCUCGGCUACAACACCCGUAGCAACACCAGCGUGGUGCUGUGCAAGCCGAAGACUGGACGGAUGCACCAGAUCAGGGUGCACUUGCAAUAUCUAGGUUACCCCGUAGUGAACGACCCCCUCUACAACCACCCAGUCUUCGGCCCUCUCCGUGGCAAGGGGGGUGACACCGGUGGUAAAACAGACGAGCAGCUGGUUCGCGACCUCAUCGCCAUCCACAACGCGGAGAACUGGCUUGGGGUUGAUGCGGCUGAUGACGACAUGCUGUUUUCGAAACCAGUGCGUGAUGAUAAAGGUGUUGAAGAUGACUGCGACACUGGCCCAACCUCCAGAGAGUCGUCUCCAAGACUGGAGUCCCCAGCGCCAGGAGUGACACCUUCCACCGUCAUGACGCCGACCCUCCCAAGCCCUUCGAGUGCAGCAGAGGCGCCCUUGGACGCGUCACCGGCUGUCUGCAGCCUCGCGCCCUCGCCUACGCCCUCGGCAGCUAUGAACGAUGACUCCAGUGAUGCCAAGUCGGAUAAAGUGACAGUGGCAACGCAGACGGGCUGCGCGGCCACCGCGACGAGUUCCGUCAGUUCAGCCAGCAGUUCUACGGACACGCUGUCUGCCGACCCGCACUGCUACGAGUGCCGAGUCCGCUACCGUGACCCGAGGCCCAGGGACCUGGUCAUGUAUCUGCACGCAUGGAAAUACAAGGGACCCGGCUGGGAGUACGAGACGGAGCUGCCACAGUGGGCGAGCGUGGAAUGGGACGAGCCGGAGAACUCAUAGUCACAAGAACUGACACCACUGCGGAGGCGCCUCGCCUGUUCACUCUACAUCAACCACAGACCGCGCAAAUUUAAAGACUAAAUCAAGGUCAAUAUGGAUAAGACCGUUUUGGGGGAAGACCGUCCA